CUCUUGUUGGAUCCAGUUCUAAAGUAAACUAUGUUCUUUGAGAGCUGUUGCAUACCAAUGAGUUGGCAGCCGGUCUGAACUGACCCACAGACUCAUACAAACCAACAGGACCUCAGCACCCUCACCCGGGCUACCCAAACUCCUGGACCAGAGAGGCAUAGUGUUGCCCACAUCAACGGUCGGGCUGCUUUCUUGGGGACCAACAAACCGAGUUUCCUUCUCUACACUUACUCUGGCAAUCCAUGAGGCUUAAUCAAUUGCAUUGGGAAACCAGCUGUGUAAAAACGCAGGUGGGCACUCCAUCCCGGACCAGUCCUCCACGGAGCUGGAAUUCGGGCUGACCCAGGACCACGUGUUGCCAGGACAGAGACUCCGUGGCGCCUGCUCUCACUCUCCAGUGGCAGUUGUGAGGAUUGGUCAAGAGCAGUUUGAGACUACGGCUGGAGCAGCUCAUCAGGCUUGUGAGGAGUCAGAUCAGAGUGUUGACAGAAAGAAUGUUCAAACAUCUUCGGAAAUGGUUUGUCGCUCACUUUUUUGGGCAUUCUCGGCAAAGAGCCAGGCUGGUCUCCAAAGAUGGGAGAUGCAACAUAGAGUUUGGCAAUGUGGAGGCCCAGUCAAGGUUUAUAUUCUUUGUGGACAUCUGGACAACUGUGCUUGACCUCAAAUGGAGAUACAAAAUGACCAUCUUCAUUUCAGCCUUCUUGGGGAGUUGGUUCUUCUUUGGUCUUCUGUGGUAUGCGGUAGCCUACAUCCACAAAGAUCUCCCUGAGUUCCAUCCUUCUGUCAACCACACCCCUUGUGUGGAGAACAUUAAUGGCUUGACCUCAGCUUUUCUGUUUUCUCUGGAAACACAAGUGACCAUUGGAUAUGGAUUCAGGUGUGUGACAGAACAAUGUGGCACUGCCAUUUUUCUCCUUAUCUUCCAGUCUAUACUUGGAGUCAUCAUCAAUUCUUUCAUGUGUGGUGCCAUUUUAGCCAAGAUUUCCAGACCCAAGAAACGUGCCAAGACCAUUACCUUCAGCAAGAAUGCAGUGAUCAGUAAACGGGGUGGGAAGCUUUGUCUCCUAAUCCGUGUGGCUAAUCUUAGGAAGAGCCUCCUUAUUGGGAGCCACAUAUAUGGAAAGCUCCUGAGGACGACAGUCACUCCUGAAGGAGAGACUAUUAUUUUGGACCAGAUCAAUAUCAACUUUGUAGUUGAUGCAGGGAAUGAAAAUUUAUUCUUCAUCUCCCCAUUGACAAUUUACCAUGUCAUUGAUCAAAACAGCCCAUUCUUCAACAUGGCAGCAGAAACCCUUCCCCAACAAGACUUUGAAUUAGUGGUAUUUUUAGAUGGCACAGUGGAAUCAACCAGUGCUACCUGCCAAGUCCGGACAUCCUAUGUCCCAGAAGAGGUGCUCUGGGGUUACCGUUUUGCUCCCAUAGUAUCUAAGACUAAGGAAGGGAAAUACCGAGUGGAUUUUCAUAACUUUAGCAAAACUGUGGAAGUUGAGACCCCUCAUUGUGCUUUGUGCCUUUAUAAUGAGAGAGAUGCUAGGGCCAGGAUAAAGAAAGGCUACGACAAUCCCAACUUCAGUUUGUCAGAAGUCAGUGAAACAGAUGACACCAAGAUGUGACAGUGGCUUUUCAACAGGAGUAAAGUGAAUUUUUGAAGAUACCUAGUGACUAGAAGUAUUAGGAAGCAAUCAACAAUUUGAGGAUAUAGGAUAUGAAAUUAGAACAAGAGCCUUCAAUGUCUAUCAGCACCAUGCCCCUUGAACCCCACAGCCACAAUCUUAUAAGACACAUAGCUCUACAAGGCAACUGCAUUAGAACAUGCAAUAUUCUUAUAGGAAAUGGCAAUAUGGAAGCCAUAGGAGUUCACUUGGAAUCUUGAAUAUAAUUAUUUGAAAUCAUGCAGUGUUGAUAGAAACAGAAUCCUCAAAAGUUUCAUGGACAGGCCAAAUGAUAUCUUAAAAGUCUCCUUAAAGAAGUUAUGAGCUUUAGAAAGGAUCAGGGGAAAACCAUAUUCUCAUUUUGAUUCUACUGAUAAGAAACAAGCCACUUUUAUUUUAACAUUGGUGGCUUUUAUCAAGGAAAAAUGGUCUCCCUUGGGAGAGCCAUUUUUGGUUGGUUGGAGGAGAUGAACUAAUCAGAGAUGGUAAGAAAAGACUGGUACUCCAAGAACAUUUGUGAGGCUCUGAGCUUCUCCAGCCCUGGUUUUUAGAGCUUCCAUCUUAGUCUGGGUCAUGUUGUGUUUCCUGAAGAGCAAGGGAAGGCUCAGGCCACCGACUUUGCAUCUCUACCUAUCAACGUUGGGAGGAACACUGAGCUUAACCUGCUUUAUAGCACAUCCAGAUGCUGCAGCCCAAGUUGGGUUUUGGUCCAAAUGAUAUCAAAUGGUACAUUUAUACAGAGGAUAAAUCAUCACCCUAAAAUCUCAAUGAACAUUUUCCUAAAGAAAGAAUGCUUGAUUUGAAAAUGGUGAUAUUUCUUCCAGUUUGUACUAGGUGGGAUAAGGGGCUACAAAUCCAUGAAAAUAGUAUUUGCUGGCCUUCCAAGAAGGCAGUGAAGAGUUUAAAGGCACAAUGUCACCUUAGGAGGGACAGCACUUCCAGUGCUUCUGAGAGAAAAAUUAUCUUGUGUUUUUGUGCCUUGAGUUUGUACUGAAAUGCUGUUGCUAAAGAAGACUUGUGGAUAGGAAAGAGUCUGUGACCCCACAGGGAGGCAAACAUGAGGUGUGUUUUCCUCUGAGGGCCCACAAGACAUCUUCCUCAAAGGGACCAAUUUAAUAUAAGGAUUGAUUCUUAGGGAACGGUUUUACUAUGAAUGUCUCAUUCGGUCCUCCACCUCCAUGAUUUUGAAUCGAUUCUGGAAGGAAUGGGACUCAAAGCACCAUAGGAAUCAAAAUGUUUUCAGUGUGUUGAUUCAUAAAUUAAAUUUUGAAACUGUG